AUGACAGAUAUGGUAGACAGCACUGAAAGUGAGAUCGAACCAUACAUCAUAAUAAACAAUAAUGCAAGCGAAUCCAGAUUAAAUACUACAGAGUUAACUGAGAUAACUGAAAAAGUAGAGAAAGAAAUCAUUUUAAACCGAGAUAUAGCUAAAAAUGACGAAAGUGAAGUAAAAGCAGAUAUCGAUAAAAAUUUUGAAAAAGAUAUAAAUUUAAGCAAGGAAAUUAAAUCUGAUCCAAGCGCAGCACAGUUAGAACGUAGUGAUUAUUUACGAAAUGAUUCAGAAAAAGAUUCAGAAACUUGCAAUAAAGAAAUUGAACAACUAAUUCAAGAAUUACAACUUGACAAUGAUACAGAUUUUAUUAAAUGGUUUCCAUACGAGAAAUUUCAAGAAAUAGAAUAUUUAGGUCACGGUGGAUAUGGUACAACUUAUUAUGCCAAAUCAAAAGAAACUUACAUUAAUAGUAUCAAUUUAGGAUUUGGAUAUAGAGCAAGAAAUGGUGAAGCGAUAGUCAUAUUAAAACAUUUGAAUAAUUCAAAAGAGAUGAUAAUUAAUUAUUUAAAUAUGGUCAAAAAACAUCAUCAAUUCAUUAAAAAGAAUCAUUAUUUUGCAAAGUGUUAUGGAAUAUCACAAUGUCCUAAAACGAAAGAAUAUGUUAUGGUUAUGGAAUACAUAAGAAACAACGAUCUACAUAAUUGCCUUUUCGUAAAUCAUAAUGGAAUAAAAUUUGACGCCAGAAAAAAUGCAUUAAUCACUAUAACACGCACAUUAGCAUCAUUACACAAAGAAGGAAUUGUUCACCGAAACUUGCAUAGCAAGAAUAUUCUUGUGAAUUAUUCUAAUUUCCGAUUAGGUGAAAUGAUUGCAAGUUUGAGUGAAGCAAAUGCGAGUGAUGAAAGAAAAAAUCGAAAAAUGAAAGGUCCUUCAAGGGGUGGUCCGAUGUUAAGUAGUACAUAUACUAAACAUCCAGACGCUAUUUUUACUAGCCAGCUCUGGCCAACUUUGUUUGAAUUAGAACAGUCUGGAUUUGUUUCUUCAGAUAAAAUAUCAAAUAACACUAACGAUAAAGAUUUAUUGGAAUCUAAAAAAUUAUCUAAUGAUGAACCGCAUUUAUCAGAAUCCAAAGACUUAUUAGAUGAUAAAGAAUUAGAGGAGUCAUAUUUUCUCGAUUUUAGAUCAUCGGAAUCUUUUAAUGAUUCUAACGAUUCUGAUAAUACUGAUGAUACAGAAGACUUCAUAUUUUCAGAAUCCGAUGUUGAAAGUUUUGAUAAUUUUCAUAACUGA